GGCAGUUCGUGGGACCGUUGUAGAAAACAGAGCUGUGCGCCUGCGCACCGUGCAUAGCAACACUCAGGUCAGGGGCAGCAGAGACGACGAGGGAUCGUUUAUGCGCAUUUUGGGGACGAAAAAAGAUAAAGCACCCCAAACAGACUCGCAGGAAUCAUGGGGAGUGUGUUCCUGCCGGCAGACGCGGCCCACUCGGUGCUGCGGAGGCUGCGCAGGGCAAACUUCUUGCUGGAGGAGAUGAAGCAGGGUAACAUCCAGCGGGAGUGCCGCGAGGAGAUCUGCACCUAUGAGGAGGCCCGCGAGGCUUUCGAGAAUGACGAGAAGACGAGACGGUUCUGGGAGGAAUAUGUGCGCGAGAGCAGUCCAUCAGGAGGGCUGGAGACGGUGGUUGGCGGAGUCCAUUCUCUCUACUUGAUUGUGCCAUUGCUGCUGGUUGUGCUCAUCAUUGCCGCAGUCGCCAUCACUGUGUGGCGCUGCCAUUCCCGCAAGCGCUCACAGCGCAGCCCCAGCCUGGGACACUCACAUCACGACCACGUCCUGUCAGUGGUUUCUAUGGACCAUUGGGGGAGGGAUUACCACCAUGGUGACCAAUCAGAACUCAGCGUCCACAGCAGCCCAGCUUAUCCAGGCUCAGAGCUCACAUCAGGGAGAGGAAGCGCCGGAGACCCGCCGCCAUCUUAUGAGGAGGCCGUGGGCAGUACAGAUGUCCAAAUAGAGACGGAGCCGCCUCCACAGUAUGAGGAUAUAGUCAACACCAGCUCUACUAGUGUCAACGGUGGCCACGGGAAGUAAAACUGUCUUUCACUACCACCCCAACAAAAGUUCUAACCCACACUAAGACCAUCUUUUAUCAUUUAGCAGAGCCACUGUUGUGGUAUCACCAGCCUUACCCAUUCAACACAAACACUGUUAACUGUCCGGUCAGUGGACUAAUGCAAUCUUUCCCGGAGCCAGCGCUGUUAAAAUUUGCACUAACCUUUCAUCAAUGAGGAGAAAGUGAUAUUGCAAUACCAAAACCAACCGACACCUCUGCUGAAUUUCCUCAAGUUGCAUCUAUGCUGUCGCAAUGUAGCAAAUCAUUUAACUCAGCAGGCAUAACAAGUGAUGCAUGUGGCCUAAAGAAAUAAGGGUUUUGAUUGCCAUAAUGAAGGAUGAUUAUUCUAAAAGUGUAUUUGGGGUUAGACCGAUGCCCUUUAGUUAGUGCCAAUUUUAUGGUAGUAAUUGUCUAUAUUUUGCACCUAUUUUUAAUACCUUUUUAAAUUUGACCUCUUUGUUGUCAAAAAUAGGUAUUUACUUUUCCACCUAGCAUUUUGUACAUUGAAUAUGUUUGCAAAAGUGUUGCUCUUCAAGAUUCAGAUACAGCAUUUAGACCACAAAACAGUUCCAGUGAAACCCAAAUUGAAGUUGCUUGCAUUAAGCAAUUAUUGACCACCAGGGGGUAGAAAGAAUAAAAAACAAACUGAAAAUCAAGUGUUUCAGGGACCAGUUCAAUUCAAUAUUAACCUGUUAGCUUUGGUCUGACCGACUCCUGAUAUAAAUAUCUGGGUCUUUAGCUUUCUAAGUACUAAAAUACACUCUUAAAAUCACUCAUUUACUUCAGCUCUUUACAGUUUGGUGCUGAGGAAGUAGUGGAGGCUUAGCUUGUGUGGGCUUGGUAACUGUAAAUAGCACAUAAAAAGGGAGCUUUAAGACCCAAGUAUUUAGUUAAUAAUCAGGAUAUGGAAUACAGUUAGUCAACACUUGGAGAGCUUCAGAGUUGGAUGUUAUUCUCGUUGGGUUUGGCACUACUAGUGAUUCUUGAUUACAGUCAGCAAUCAGAUUCACUGUUGAGAUAUAUAAAAUAUAACUUAUUACAGGUUUAAAUCGUCAAGUUGCCAAAUAAAUGCAUCGGUCCAACUUCAGUAUACACUUGUGAAUGUUUAAAAUUUAAAAUGUCCGUUAUAAUGGGUGUGUUGAAAUGUGUUUUGUGUAUGGGUGUCCUAUGUGCUUAUAUGUUGGUAAUGCAUGUAGCUUGGUCUGAUGUUGGAUCUGGCUCUGCACUGUUUGUUGAUGGUCAGUGCUACACUGGCCCAUGUCCACCUCUGGGCCAUUGACAGUGGCCCAGAGCCCGCUUUAACUGUGAAAAUCCUUGCCUCACCUUUCCCUUAAAGCAAAUGUAACCUUGUUAGAUUUGACGACAGUCUUCUGCUGUGCCACUUUCACUGAUAGUACACAGAUUAUUCUUCAAAUUGGUUUGCAGCUACACCACAAAUGUAUGUCGUGGAGUGACUUGCACAGGAAUGUGGGACAGAAAUCAGUAGAAACAGAAGCUUUUGGAAAAGUCAUCUGAGGGGAGAGAUUCUGUAUUUAACGUUGAAAAGUCAAUGUUAAGCAUGUGUAAUGUUCCUGUAUAUAAAUAUGUAUAGUCUGUAUGUGUGGAAGUAAAUCACGAUGAGAUUGUUUUUUUUACUGCAUAGGAAUGCAGUGGAUGCAUUAAUACUAGUGUAACUACUAUACAGUAAGUUGUGAAUAAAUGAAGGCACUUUGUGUUUAAGCUCCAAAUGAGCAGUUUGAUGGAAACUAGGACAGUCUGGUUUGACGUCUUCAGCGUCACUCUCAGCCAUAACGAUGUCACUGUAAUCCUCUGGAAAAAGUGCUCAUAUUCCAUAUGCAAUGUUGCUGCAUACACUCUAAAAACCAAAUAUAUCUGUCUAAUGUUCACAGAUACUGAUAAAUGUCACAUUUCAGUCUACACCUCACCGACUUUGAGCACUGAUUAGUUCUUCUACUUUUUUUUGUGAGUUGACCUGUGAACCUCAGCACUUGCUAUGACCUUGAACUGAGUUGUGCUGGUGGGGGUAGCCAUUUUGGUUAGGUCAGUUGUACUGUUAUUUGCAGAGCCCUUUUUUUACAAUGCCUUAUCAAACAAACAAAAUGUUAUAUAACAUUAAAUGCAAGGGAACUUGUUAUAAAUCCUUUAUGUGCAGAAGCUUGAAUUAAUUUGUAAUAAAAUAUAAAAAAUGUG